CUGCGCCUCUGAGGAGCUUGCCUCAGCGCUCACCGGCCACGCGUGACUAGCGCUCCCCCCUUCCCCCCCGCCAGGGAUGCCCGGGGCGGCCCGGCAGCGAAGGGAGGGGCAGUGACCGCCCCUCGCUCGGGCUUACGGGAAGUGAUGUCGCCUUGACGGAAAACAUACGCUGGCUGUCCAAAAAAGUGCAGGGGCCAGAGGGACUCGGUGCUGGCGAGAGCCUGCUGUGGAGAGCGGGGAGCGGCCGCCAGUGCUGGAAGACUUUCCUGUGCAUUUUUCACCGAGCCGGUUCAAAUCUCCCUCUGACGAGAGAUUGGCAGCUCGCACGAAGCAGCGUGGGGAGAGAACUUUUUCCAGCGGGAGGAUAGAGCGGUGCACUAAAGCCAAGCCCAGGGCAGACUCUCCAGACGGCGCCGGGGCGCUGGGAAGAAGUGCGUUUGUUCUUGUUUGCUGUCACGCCGCGGCUGGACCGGGGUUCUCCAGAUGAAAACUGACUUUUUUUGCCUGGAUGUGGUGUUCAAGAAAUUCAAACUGUAUCAGCACUGGGAAACUUGUAAUUAAAGUAGAUCUGGAAAACUACAGAUAUAUUUUGUGUUAAUCUCAGGUGGGCUACAAAGAUCUCAAUAUGUCUGAGGGAGACUACGAUUACCUCAUCAAAUUCCUAGCACUCGGGGACUCUGGAGUAGGAAAGACCAGUCUUCUUUACCAGUACACAGAUGGCAAAUUUAAUUCCAGAUUUAUCACAACAGUGGGCAUUGAUUUUCGGGAAAAGAGAGUGGUGUAUAGAUCCAAUGGGCCAGAUGGCACCAGCGGCAGAGGACAGAGGAUACAUCUGCAACUGUGGGACACUGCAGGGCAGGAAAGAUUUCGGAGUUUGACAACAGCUUUCUUCAGAGAUGCCAUGGGCUUUCUUCUCCUCUUCGAUCUGACAAAUGAGCAAAGCUUCCUCAAUGUCAGAAACUGGAUAAGCCAACUACAAAUGCAUGCGUAUUGUGAAAACCCUGAUAUUAUAUUAUGUGGAAACAAAUGUGAUCUGGAAGACCAGAGAAUGGUGAAAGAAGAGGAGGCAAAGGAACUUGCAGAAAAACAUGGAAUACCAUAUUUUGAAACAAGUGCAGCUAGUGGAACUAAUGUGAGCAAGGCAGUUGAAACUCUGCUUGACCUUAUCAUGAAGCGCAUGGAACGGUGUGUGGACAAGUCAUGGAUACCCGAAGGGGUAGUACGGUCCAAUGGACACAGCUCUACUGAGCAGCUAAAUGAGGAGAAAGAUAAAGGCAAAUGUGGUUGUUGAGACACAAACUUUAUUGCAAUAAUUAAUUUAACAUAUAUUUAUGUUAAAGUAUAGUUCAGUUGAAGCUUACUGGAUUCAUUUAUGGAUAUUCGUUUAUGUUAUUAUGGAUAUAUAAUAACAAAUUUGUAUUAAUUAUUGGCAUUUGCUUUCUAAAAACAAUUAAACUUGUCACAUGUUUAAUUUAUUUGCAGUUAGAAAGACAUGUAUGUUUAGGUUUGGUGCAACAUUGGACAUUCUCCGCUUUCAGUAUCUUAGACUAUUACAGUGGUAGACCAGUCAACAGAGGUCUUUAAGUCCUAUUUGAAUAGAAAUGUUCCAUCCUUACAGCAAUAAUGAUAAACAGCAAAUUGCAUGUGCUUUGCAAAAGCAGGCAAAUAAUUGUUCUUUGUUUUUCAUGAACUAUUAGUUUUUAAUGACAGGAGCAAUAUAGGGCUAUUUUUAUAUGGAAUAAAAAGCUGUCUAGAGAAAUGCCAAGAUGACGUUUACACAGCACUACUGCUAUGCCAUGCAGUCUUGAACUUGAUCUCUAAACUCCAAUUGUACUAUAGGAAAGAUUCAAUAUAUCAUAAUAGAUCACCUAACAUGUGAAUUCCAAGAACAUGCUAAGGCAUAUACAUACCAAGGGCAAGCCUAAACUGAAAAUGCUCCAUUGAUGCGACUGUGCCUCUGUAGACAUUUGAAGACACUCCUAUGCCAAGAUGUGAGAAUUCUUCCAUGGACAUAGUUAAUGCAUCUCCAUGAAAGGCGAUAGUUAUGUCAACAGGAGAAGCUCUCCGAUUGACAUAGCACAUCAACACAGGGAUUAGGUCGAUAUAACUGCCUUACUCAUGGCUGUGGAUUUUCCAUACCCCCAAGUGACACAAUUAUACCAAUAUAUGUCUGUAGUGUAGAUCAGACUGUAGAUAUGGGGUGUGUUUAUGAAUUCAUACAUUUUAUAUACAAAUUCUUUUAUGUUUUAACAGGAAUUUAGGGCAAGCUAAGUGCCAGCAAAAUUUCAUCAGAGCUAGUGCUUUGCACUGAAUUUAUUUGUACCAAGCAUGCAUUUGGAACAUUUCUUCUUCAAAUAUGGACUGAAAAUUUUAAUAUUGGUCCUAUUCUGGUGAGCUAUAACUGCCUACGAUAUCAAUGUUGUUUAAAUUAGUACUUCUGUAAACGUAUAAAGCUGGUUUUCUUCUGCUUACAUUUAAGCCUUGUACAUCUUGGGUUUUGUUCAUUCCCUUUAAAGUCUCACUUAGAAUUGGGGGAAUAUGUUUUGAUUAUGUAAAGGUAUACUCUGUUUCUGGUGGAUGAGCAUUUUUAUUUAUCCUCAGAUAUGAUAUAAAGAAUAAUCAGUAUUUUUUACAUUUCUUUUUAGCCUGAUUAUGUGAUAGGCCUAAUAAACUGUUUUCUAUCCUAGCAGGUUCAUAUAACUCUAAAAUAUUGUCAAGUAACAUCUCAACAUGCCAAAUUCAGUCUUUUCUGUAAAAAAAAAAAAAAAAAAACUGCUGCUGCUUUUAGAAAUUAAAUAUUUAUUUAUUUAAAAGAGCUUGUUAUUUGCCUACCACAUGCUCAGGCAAAUUCCUACAGUCAGAUGGCAACAUGAGAUGUGAUGUAAUAUAUUUUUAAUUAAAGAAAAUUGAAUAUGUUAAAAGGACCAAAAGUGUAUACCAGAAAGAUAACUGAGAAGAAAAUGUAUCAGAGGGGUAGCUGUGUUAGUCUGGAUCUGCAAAAGUGACAAGGAGUCCUGUGGCACCUUAUAGACUAACAGAUGUAUUGGAGCAU